AUGUUGUGUUCUGAUAAUGCUGGAAUUUCAAACGGUUGGGAAGAUUAUUAUGUAGGUGUGGUUGAUCAAUUAGGUGGGGGUCCUUUGCAGAAGUUCAAGUGGAGACUGUGUUCUGGUAAUAUGAUGGACACAGUGGUAUGGCUUGCACUGCAGGUCUAUUACAGCAUGAGUGGUACAUCAACUUCAGAUCAGGAGAGUGAUGCACAGACCUCAAAUGUCCUGCAUGCUCAUCAGUUAUGCACUCCUACUGAAGUGGCUUCCUUUCUGACCAUGCCUUUGAUGGUGCAAGAGGUCUAUGUGUACCUCCCCAUGCUGAAGGAUGUCCUUGCCUGGCAGAAUAGCAGUGACUGGACACAGCCUGUUGGUCAAACAUUUGUGUUGCAACACCUCAAAGGCAUUGUUCGGCCAUUCAUUGGUAACCAUGUCCCUCCCCUGUGUUCCCUGAUGUAUGCCUGGGGCAUAGUCAUCACAGGUUCUUGUGCUAUGGAGAUGCUAACAGGGCAAUACCAUGUGACAAAUAACCUGAACCUAGUCAUACCACAGGGUAGCUUCAAUGUACUAGAGGAAUUUAUUCUCAAGUCUCUGAAUUAUUGGUGGAUGAAUGCAGUUACUCAGCCUCAUUAUGCAUUUUGCACAGUAGUGCAGACAUAUGCAAAGUACCAAAGUGGUGAACUGCACAUUACUCUAAUGGAGGCAAUGACAGAUGACAUAUUUGAUGAUGUUACAAGUUCACUGACAACAGGGGACAUGAUUUUCAUGACUCCUGGAGGUAUCAUUGCCUUCUACCCUGAUCUUACCUUCAAGGGAAUCGUGAUGCUCAACAGCACCCUGAAGGAGCACCCAACUGGAACUAGCUAUCACCCACUUUCUCAAGGAGCCGUGUGGUCAUGUCUGCCCAGCCUUUGGCACAACAUUGCGGAUGGGAGCCCAGGGGGUCUUGUCCUUGAGUGGGACUCAAGGGCCCUGCAAGAGCAAGAAGCUCAUAUGUGCCAUUACUACUAUGAUGGGAUGUGCUUGUACACAGGCAUACUGUACACCUUCUUCAAGGAACACCUAGUUCUGUUUGCACCUCCAAAUGCUUUGAUUGCAAACAUUGUUGGUAAUGGCCGCAUUGGGAAUGCAGUGAUGGGUAAUGUAUUAAUUGUGAAGCACAUCAACAGCAACAAGUAUGAGAUUGUUGACCUCACCAUAGCCGACAUGGAGUAUAUUAAUGAGAUUCUCAGACAGUGCAUAUUAAUAUAUGACUAA